AGCCCUGUCUGCAUCCAUCGCUGAGAGGAGGCCUGUGUGGUGUGGGGCGGGCCUGAAGCAAGGAGAGGCCUUCCUCCCUUUGUGCUCCCCCCGCCCCCCCCCAGCCCUAUAAAUAGGCCCAGCCCCGGCUGUGGCUCAGUCCUUGGAGGGAGUUGAGCACCAGACAGCUAGCAGUCAAGUUGAGCCCCCUGUCAGCAUGGCCAGUGAGUUCAAGAAGAAACUCUUCUGGAGGGCUGUGGUGGCCGAGUUCCUGGCCAUGACCCUCUUCGUCUUCAUCAGCAUCGGCUCUGCCCUGGGCUUCAGUUACCCACUGGAGAGAAACCAGACGCUGGUCCAGGACAAUGUGAAGGUGUCACUGGCCUUUGGGCUGAGUAUUGCCACACUGGCCCAAAGUGUGGGUCACAUCAGCGGUGCCCACCUCAACCCAGCUGUCACGCUGGGGCUACUGCUUAGCUGCCAGAUCAGUAUUCUCCGGGCCAUCAUGUACAUCAUUGCCCAGUGCGUGGGGGCCAUCGUCGGCACUGCCAUCCUUUCUGGAAUCACCUCUUCCCUGCCUGAGAACUCACUGGGCCGCAAUGACCUGGCUAAUGGUGUGAACUCAGGCCAGGGUUUGGGCAUCGAGAUCAUUGGCACCCUGCAGCUGGUGCUGUGUGUGCUGGCCACCACCGACCGGAGGCGCCGUGACCUCGGUGGCUCAGCGCCCCUUGCCAUCGGCUUCUCUGUGGCCCUGGGACACCUGCUGGCAAUUGACUACACUGGCUGUGGUAUCAACCCUGCCCGGUCUUUUGGCUCUGCAGUGCUUACCCACAACUUCUCAAACCACUGGAUUUUCUGGGUGGGGCCAUUCAUUGGCAGUGCCUUGGCUGUGCUGAUCUACGACUUCAUCCUGGCCCCUCGCAGCAGCGACCUGACGGACCGCAUGAAGGUGUGGACCAGUGGCCAGGUGGAGGAAUAUGACCUGGAUGCUGAUGACAUCAACUCCAGGGUGGAGAUGAAGCCCAAAUAGAGUGGGCCUGGCCUGGGCAUCCAUAUGGGGGUGGGGCAGGGAUGGGCAGAGGGAGGGGAGGGCUGAAAUCAUAUUGUAGAUACUCUGACAAGCUGGUCAAAGUCACUCCCCUCAGACCUGCCUGACCUGUGUGGUCUAGCCUUGUUUGGGGCUGUUCUGUUACUUUCUUUCUUUCUGUUUCCUGGUCUCAGGGCUUCCUGGGAACCAAGAUUUACCAACUCCACACUCACUCCCUGGAUACCACAGGGACGGUGAAAGGGAGGGACCCACCUGCUGGUUGUCCCCCUCAGAGUGUGAUGGGAGGUGUGCUGGAAAGUUCCCCUCAUCCCAAAGCUGCCCAGCAAGUCACCCACCACAGGUGCCUGGGGUUUUGUCAUUGUUCGUGACUUUGCGCCUUUGAACAUGGCCCUCUUCAAGCCACACCUUGCCCCCAAAGGUGCUUUGAGAAGAAGGAGUUCCCAGAAGGUACAGCUAGAGGUGACCAAACCAGCUGUGCCCCCUCCAUCUGGCUUGCUCCCAGGUCCCUACCCCUUGGAUUGGCUAUAGGACCUUGGAAUUGUCCCUAUGUUAGGGCCUCAGUGUAGAGUGGAAGAGGUGGGGGGCAGCUAUGUGGAUUCUGUAAGUGUACACAAACCACAGCCUCCGAAAGGAACAGUCCAGCCUGCAUGGCUUUACCCACCUGGCUUGAGCUCUUUCCACACAUCCCCAGAUCAUGUGCACAUUUGGAAGACCUGUGAAGCAGAGGCAGUCCCGGAUGUUGGAAGUGAUUCUUCUCAGGAAGAAGCAUCCCCAGGCAGGCUCACUGUUACAGAAUGAAGGCCAGUUAGAGAGCAGCAGCCUAGUACAUGAGGUGUCCAUGUCCUCUUUCAGUGUAAUCAUAGGAUGCUCUUAUAUGUGUGGGUUUUCUGUGGCCCCAAGCCUGAGGACAGAAGGAUCCAGAUGCGAAGCAGUCUGGGGAUAGAUGCCUAUGCUGGGCAGUUAGGGUCUUGGCUGCCCAUACCUCAUUCUGAGGAAGGAGACUGCUCCUGCCCUGGUUCAUGAGCUCCUAGCUGGGGGAAUUUUGUCAGAGUUUGGACAACCUGCACAGGCUCACAUUGUGACCCUAGGCACAGCCUUCCCUCUACCUUGACCUAGAGGAGAGAGGUCAGUUGAUCUGAUGAUGUAGCUCCUGCUGCAACCUAAGUACAUUUCAGAGCACAGUGAGCGCAAGGGCUGGCAUCUGCAGUCUGCCCUCUAGAUUGGUCCAUUCAGUCUCAACAAGCCACAGCAGUUCCACCACCAUGUCCUUAGCUAUGCUGCCAAUAGAAACUAAGAGACAGCCAGCAGGUGCUCAGAGGCAGCCAGUCAGGAGACCAUGGCCACUAGCACAUCUCAGCUGUGCUCUUUUGCAUUCCUUAACAGGCACGUGUAACCCAUUUAACAGAGAAAGACACUGAGGACCCAUGUGCCCAGCUAGACAGCAUUAGGUCAAUCUUAGCAACCAAGGCCCUGUCUGGCCACUUCCUGGACCAUAAAGUGGAUCUUUCUUAUCUCCAGCUUCUCAGUUUCUGCCUGAUCAAUGGCCAGGGGCCAGGGUGCAGGGUGAGGGCUAUGCUGGAGGGGGCAGGGCAGACCCACCCUGCCUGGCUCUCGCCACUGUGAUUCAGGACCCUAAAUCUGUCUACUCUGUGUUUAUGUCUCUUUGGAAUUAAAAUUUCAUCAUAUGUUAAGAAAUUAAAGAAAAAUGACUUGUAAGGUC